AUGUAUCAACAGACAUACGACGUGGUGAUAGUCGGUGCCGGUCUUUCUGGCCUGCAAGCCGCUCUUACUGUCCACCACGAGCGCCUCAGUUACUUGGUUCUCGAGGCACGAGAUCGCGUGGGCGGGAAGACGUUGACUCUACGCUCCAGCGAAGGGGUCGUGAAGUCCGACUUGGGGGCUGCCUGGAUCAAUGACAGCAACCAAAGUCGUAUGUGGGAACUUGCGAAAGACCUAGGGUUGCACACAUACGUUCAGAACACCCAGGGCGACGUCGUUGUGCAGGAUUUUGACGGAAAGCUGGUAAAGUUUCCGUACGGGGACGUACCAAAGUACCCCUCGCAGGACGACACAGAGUCGUGCAUAUCAAUCCGAGAUUUGGUUGAAGAUAUCUCCACUACGCAGAUGCCGUCAAUCUUCGCAGCAGGACCUCAUCGAGAGCAGCUUGACUCGAUUUCUUUCGAGACAUUUCUGCGACAGGCAAAGGUCACAGAAAAGGCGUUCGCGACCGCACAGGUCUGGACUCACGCUAUGCUGGGCGUUGACCCUGCCGAGGUUUCUGCUUUGUACUUCCUCGAAUAUUGUGCCGCCGGCGGAGGGCUGAUGACCAUGCGCUCAGACUGUAAGGAUGGAGGCCAAUAUCUUCGCAUUCAAGAAGGAACUGCGGCGUUUGCGGAAGGUAUGGCACAAAGACUGAAGCCGGGGUCGAUCAAGCUGGACAGCCCUGUCGGGAAGAUAGAGCAGCAGGACGGGACCGUCUCGAUCUCGACAAGGGGACGCUCGCCACAAGUGUAUCGUGCUCGCAAGGUGAUCCUCUCGAUUCCAACACCAGUAUACAGAACUAUUAAAUUCUCGCCCUCUCUGCCUGCCGCAAAAAGUGGAGUUGCCAACCACACCCGCUAUGGAUUCUAUACCAAGUAUAUUGUGAGAUUCAGCAAGACUUUCUGGACGGACAGGGGCUUGUGUGGGCUUGGGCAAUCAUUCAUCGGUCCAGUGUCGGUCUUCCGGGACACAAGUCUCGGCGAUGAUGCUUGCAUGACGUGCUUUAUCGGCGGAAGAUUCGGGAGGAAAUGGGCAGUGCAAGAUGCUGAGAGGAAGAAGGCAUCAGUGCUGAAGCAGAUAGGCGAUAUGUUCGCAGACGGGCGGGAUAUCAGUCCUCUCUUUAUGGAAGCUUAUGAGUCGCCAUGGAUGGAUGAAGAGUUCUCAGGCUGGGGCUGUCCAUGCCCAGCCAUGCCACCAGGAGUUCUCGCUGACGGCUGGAAAGCGUUGUGCGCGCCAUUCGGAAAUAUCCAUUUCGUAGGGACAGAGUUGAGCACCGUCUGGAGAGGAUAUAUGGAAGGGGCUAUCAGGAGCGGAGAAAGUGGCGCGAUGCAGGCAAUGGCUGAGCUGAAGGCUGGGGACCAGCAGAUCGCAAAGCUGUAG